CCUUUGAAGAUUGUUUUUGUUUUGACCUGGAAAUAAAAAUAAAACACGUUCAGAAAAUCUCGUGGAAAGUGAGAAUCGUGUGAACAUAACCUGGAAAGGGUGAAGUCCUCAAGUCAGUCAGACCAGAGGGGUGAGCAUAUUGUAUUCUCUGGGACCGAGCCAGCAACAACAACAGCGGCGGUGCAAGUAUAACAGUAACACCUCGUGAUCACUGGAAACUGGAGUGAUGUAUGGUAGUGAUGAAGGGCACUCCAGUUAUACGGCUUUCACCACCCGCCUUCACCCUCAACAGAUAAACACCGUGUAGGAAGUGCGUCGUCGCGGAGCUUGUGACACACGAGAGAGUCUUCCUGCAUCUAGUGACUCGAAAAGUGAUACCGGGACAUCGUUGACACAGACCGAAGUUAUUACGAUUUAUUCAGUGUGAGGUAUAAGCUACAUGGUAACUGUGUGAGAGAGAGACACACGCCUUGCCUGUGUGUGGUUGGGGAUCGAGGUUACCACACACCUUUCACCAACCACGAAAAUUUGCUCCGGUUUAAUACGUCUCUCGGUCUCUACUACAGAGGACAGUUAACUACGGUUACCAAGAGACUGUUGUAACUUUUAAAAGGAACUACAGAGAGACAAAUGUGCUAAGGAAAUCCAGUAGAGGAGGACAAUGAAGACCGAGACUGUCGGUGGUAGGUGAGGAGGAUGGUAAGUCCGGAGACCUGGCCGGUGUUGUACCUCGCCUACCUGAGGUCCCCUCUAGUCGACCCGCUCAGUGUUUCGGCCACGUUGCGGGACUCCACAAGGUGUCCUAUAGAAACCGCCGACGUCACCAAGAGGGCCGGGGGAGUGUCGUCCUGGUCCCGCGAGUGUGAGACCUGCGGCGUGCCACUCAGAUUGUUCAAAAAGUAUAUUACGCUACGGCUGCCAGGGGAGAUGACCGCCCACCUGUGCAUCACCACCUACAAGAGCCCCGAGAACGAGGUGCUCAAGUUGGAGUUGUGUUUCGUGGGUCAGGACUGCCAGAGGAUACCCAGCAUCCUCGGUGCCACCUAUGGCCUCCAGACGAAGCGACUUGACCUCUCUUACAACGCCAUCCGGUCGUUGGAGGGGCUGGAGAAGUUCCCUUACCUAGAAGAAAUCAUCCUAGACAACAACUUCAUCGAUGAUAACCUGGUUCUCCCCUUCCUCGCCACUUUACACACCCUCUCCCUCAACAAGAACAAGGUAACCAAUUUGGAGAAGCUGGUGGAACAAAUUAGGGAACGGCUGCCCAACCUGCGGUACCUCAGUCUCCUGGGUAACGAAGCCUGCCCCGACCAGCUCUCCUGCGCUGACAAAGAUGAGAAGGACUACCGCAGAUACAGACUGUAUGUACUGAACCGACUGCCCACCCUCAAGUUCCUGGACUCGACGGGGGUGCGGCGGAGUGAGAGGAGAGAAGCAAGGACUCGAGGCGCCCUGUCCAAAACCGUGCGGCCACAACAAACCUCUCCUCUCUCCUCCACCCAGGCCAAGAUGAUAUAUGAUUUGGGAGGAGGUGGAGGAAAUCACUCGUCGACAACUUCUGAAGUGAACCACAAGCCCAGACGGUCGGCCAUGGACAGGCGGGAACAGAACGGAUCAGCUGGUAAACGUGGCACACCAGAACCCAUCUCACCAAACACCCAUACAGGAGCAUACGGCUUCCGGAGGUAUCGUUACGUAGGCCAGCACUCGGAGGGUAACCGCUUCAUCAACAACGAGGCUCUUUGAGGCGGACGUUCACACACCCACUAUCUCCACCUGCAAGAUAUUCCAUUGUCAACAGUGUUUAUUAUUUACGGAGGAUUUAGUUUUGUAACAAUACAUGCAGUACAUGACACUAGCCAGGGUGUUAGUGUGGUUUUUGCUGAUUAUAGUAAGAUUAUUAUUAUCUCUGUACAAUAUAGGUUUAUGCAUCACACGGCCCAACUAUGGGGAAGUGUGAAUGGUUAAGAUCCGG